GUCAGUGGCGUCUGCUACCACCAGGACGCGACGCUGAGGUCAUGGCAGGAAGCCAAGAUUUACUGUAUUAAAAACGGUAUGGUGCUGGCUUCAGUCACACGAAAUGUCAUUAGCAGUCUGGACCGAAUCACGGAAAAUCAGUUCUGGGUUGCCGCAAACGAUAUUGAGCAGGAGGGCACUUUUGUCUGGGACCACGACAAACUUCCGGUUGACCUAGAUAUCUGGGACAGGGGCGAGCCAAAAGCGACUACUUUCGAUUUCAACUGUGCCGGCUUUGAAGGCGACACCUAUCGUCUGCGUGUGUACGCCUGCAGUUCUACGGCCAUGUCACUGUGUAUGGCCAAUGCGUGCCCAGAGAAUUAUUACGAGGUCGAACAACUUUGUUAUUGGAUGCCGCAUGAACAAGGAACAUGGCAGCAGUCAAAGGUAAAUCUCACCUGGGUCAUUAUUCUGGGCAUGCGCAUCACUCUACUGCCGCCACUUAAUGGCCCCACUCUGAAUGGCCCAACCUUGUUUGGCCAUAUGUUCCAGGUCCGAUGUGAACACCAUGGGUACGUCAUGUCCUACCUCCCAUCUUUGGAGUACAUGGACAUUUUUCGUCAACUUCAGCUAGUUGAGAAUUUCUGGACCGGCCUCAACGACCGCGCCACUGAGGGCGUUUUUGUCUGGGACCACGACAACUCGGCCGCUACAUCAACACUUGCCCGGAUGAUGUCGGCUGCCAACAGUGAGGGCAAGGACUGUGUUAAGUUCGACCAGGACGUGCUGAGGACGGAGGAGUGCGGCGUGGUCAUCUCUGUACUGUGCUUGACGCCGGGUGAACAUAUGCCUUAA